AUGGCGACUGCGCAUUUCCAAGUGUCUGGCAACCCUGAAUCGGAUCCCAAAGCGGCGGCGCAAUGGUUGGCUGAGCAACGACGACGUCCGAUUCGAGCACCGCACAAGACAGUCGAAUAUGGCGAACUCGUCAUCACCAAGGGCGGACUCUCUUCUGUCUCCAACGAAGAUCUGUGGUCGAUUCUCGAACAGGUCGCCAUCGCUGCCAUCGAAGUAGCACGCUUCGAUCUCGCAGAGCUCUGCAUCUCUCGCUUGACGUCCCGCUUCCCCAACUCGCAGCGCGUCACUUCGUUGCAAGGUAUGCUCCUCGAAGGUCAAGGCAAGCUCGACGAGGCUAUUCGACUGUACGACGAGGCCCUCGAAAAGGAAGAGACAUCGCUCAUCCUCUCCCGUCGUAGAAUUGCUGCCAUCAAAUCGACAGGCGACGCCAAACGCACCUUGGAAGCUCUCAACGCUCACCUCGAUACGUUCUACAACGAUCCCGAAGCUUGGCAGGAACUCGCAGAGGUGUAUGCCAACCAAGGAUUCUACACCCAGUCCGCCUUUGCUCUCGAAGAGCUGCUGCUGCAGAUCCCUCAGAACGGCUUCUUUCACUUGAAGUAUGCAGAGACGCUCUACACCAACGGCGACACUAUCAAGGCAUACAAGGCUUACUUGAGGGUGUUGGAACUGUGUCAGAGCGAUCGAGGUGCCACCGACGAGCACGAGAGCUCGAAACAAACCGCUGCGCAGGGCCCCUGGCUACGCGCUUUGUGGGGCACAAAGAUGACGACGACUGCAUUGAUUGCAGCACCACCUGCUUCGUCGAAAACUUCGACAACAGACGACACGGUCGACCAGGCCAAAGUGAAAAAGAUCGACGAGCUCGUCACCAAUCUCCUCCUCACCAAGGUAUAUACCCCACAAGCUGUGGCUGCAAAGCAUCUCAGGGAUGUAACACGCGCUGUGCUAGCAGCCUAG